CACGUGUUAAAAGACAUGGCGGGUCGUGCAAAGUUGCUUGUCGAUUUCAUCAAACGUUCUCGACCCGUAAAGAUUAAUGGAUUUACUGUUCCUGUACAGACAAGGUGUAUAAGUAGCUCAGUGUUUGUAAGUCACAGUCAGCGUACUCAUUCAUGUGGGGAGUUGCGCGCCAGUCAUGUGGGGCAAGACGUGGUGCUGUGUGGAUGGCUCAUGCAUGAGCGUGCGCUGCAGUUUAUAACUCUUAAAGAUGCUCAUGGAGUGACACAGUUCAUAGUUCCAGAUAAUAAGCGAGAUACACUCUGUGAGGUUGUGAAGGGUUUGAAGUUUGAGUCAGUUUUGCAAGUGAAAGGAAAAGUAAUAAGACGCCCAGAAGGACAAGAAAACCCAAAAAUGCCCACUGGAGACAUUGAAGUUGAAAUAGAAGACCUGAAGGUGUUAAAUCCAAGUCUUGCUGAAUUGCCAUUCAAAACAAGAGAUUAUGAAGAAGUAAGUAUGGUAAUUCCUUACUAG